GGUUGAUUCGCCUGGCGUUCAGCUCAGCCGCUUCCGCCUCCAUCCGGGCAUUUCGCUGACCCGCGAUGUGACCCGUCAGUUCGGCAAACAUGGCGGAGGUAAGGAGGAAACUCACCUAACCCUUUCCUUCCGGGCAUCACCAUCUUCCGGGGUCCAUCUAUGUGAGCCCGGAGCCACCUCUCCCGCCCUGUAACCAGCCGGGCCCCCUGCUCACCCCGCCAAGGGCCCCUUCCCGCCCAACUCACUUGUUGCUCAGUCCCGCGCUCAUAAACUUUCCGAAAUCCUCCUUAACCAGCGCAGGCCCCCCCAGGAACCCGUCUGCACCAGCUAUACUGAGCACUCCUAUAUACUGAGCACUCCUAUAUACUGAGCACUACUCUGCGCACUCACUGCCCCCUCACCCUCUCACCUCACUGCCCCCUCACCCUCACUGAGCGCACUCACUGCCUCCUCUCACUCACUGAGCGCACUCACUGCCCCCUCUCCCUCACUGAGCGCACUCACUGCCCCCUCGCACUCACUGAGCGCACUCACUGCCCCCUCGCACUCACUGCCCCCUCGCACUCACUGGCGCACUCACUGCCCCCCUCACUCACUGCUCGACUCCCUCGCACUCACUGCCCCCUCCCUCACUCGCACUCACUGCCCCCUCGCCUCACUGCCCCUCGCACUCACUGCACUCACUGCCCCCUCGCACCACUGCCCCUCGCCCUCUCCCUCACUGCGCACUCACUCCUCGCCCCCCUCGCCCUCUCCCUCACUGGGCCCUCGCACUCUGGCCUCACUGCCCCCUGCCUCUCUCUCACUGUCCCUCUCACACUGCCCUCACCCCCCCUCACUCACUGCCCCCCCUCUCACGCCCCUCACCCCCCUCACUCACUGCCCCCUCACCCUCUCCCUCACUGAGUGCACUCACUGCCUGCCCCUCACCUCACUCCUGCCUCACUCACCCUCACUCACUGCCCCUCACCCUCACUCACUGCCCCCUCACCCUCACUCACUGCCCCCUCACCCUCACUCACUGCCCCCUCACCCUCACUCACUGCCCCUUCACCCUCUCCCUCACUGCCCCCUUUCACUCGCCGAGCGCACUCACCGCCCCCUCACCCCCACUCACUGCCCCCUCACCCCCACUUUUUCAUUCAUUGAGCGAACUUACUAUUCCUACCCUAGUUGUGAACAGGUUGAAGUCAGCUGUAGUCCAAGUGGAUAUUGAUAGUUUUAGUACUGUGGAUGAAGGGGCAGCAGUAGCAAAGCUACUACUUCAAUUUUGUUUUUUGGGCACCAUGUAAUAUAGCGAUCUUACAUUUUUGGUGUUGUAAACUUUACCUUUAUUCAUAUUUUCCUGUAUACACUUAUGUUUUUGCAUGUUUAUCAUCUAGAUUUACAGGGGUUAGUGCAAGCAUAGAUAAUAUUUGUUUAGAAGUAAUGCUAAAUUUUGUUUAUCUAUUUAUUGAUAUCUGUAAUGCUCUUUAGAACUAGAACACAAAUAUAUCAAUCAUUAUUGGUGAGAAUCAUAAUGAUAGUGUUGUACAAUCACCAUUGACCUACCAUAAGACGAAUUUGCAUCAAAUUAAAGCUUAUUUUCUCUUCUGAUAUCUUAAUUUUGAUUGAAUUACAGUUUUAAAGCUAAACCUUUGCAACACUUGGCAUUCUGUGAUUGCAGCAUUAAUAGUAGCCAUAGAAUCCAAAACCAAUAUAUAAUUGUGGGCCAUUUCACUAACAGCAUUUUUGCACUUUUCAUUUGACCAUUUUACUAUCAACUCGUUUUUCACAGACCAUGAACCCAUGCUUGUUUUUUUUUUUUUUUCUACUGUUAUCAAGUACAAUGAUACUCCACAUAUAUACAUUUGCCAGGAUUUUGAGAACUGUAGGAUUAAAGGACCACUCUAGGCACCCAGACCACUUCAGCUUAAUGAAGUGGUCUGGGUGCCAGGUCCUUCUAGGGUUAACCCAUUUUUUCAUAAUUAUAGCAGUUUCAGAGAAACUGCUAUAAUCAUGAAUGGGUUAAGCCUUCCCCCUAAUCCUCUAGUGGCUGUCUCAUUGACAGCCACUAGAGGCGCUUGCGUGCUUCUCACUGUGAAAUCACAGUGAGAGCACGCCAGCGUCCAUAGGAAAGCAUUGUAAAUGCUUUCCUAUGAGACCGGCUGAAUGCGCGCGCAGCUCUUGCCGCGCGUGCGCAUUCAGCCGGCGGAGAGGAGGGUGGGGGCACCCUCAGGGCACUAUAGUGCCAGGAAAACGAGUAUGUUUUCCUGGCACUAUAGUGGUCCUUUAAAUAAGACACGUCCUUAUUUUAACAUGCCUCUUUGCUUGCUAACCUAGUAUGGAUGCGAUGGUUGUUACACUAUGUAUGUCACAUUACUGACUAGGGUGAAACAUUGGUGCUAUUUCUAUCCCUAUCCUUGAUUCUACUUUAAAGGGAUUUCCUCUGCUUAUGUCAUUAUGUGCAUCAGUAGAGGGAUCUCUUAGCUUAUGCAGAGUUAUUCAUUAAACACUGGAUUUUGCCUGAACGGAGAAAAUCCUGUGAAAAUUACUGAAUUCCACCUGCAUUGGUAAUUUAGUAAAUUUACUAAAGGCAAAUGCGGUUAGGAUAUAGAAACAUUGAUGUGAUGGCAGUUAAGAACCAUUCAGCCCAUCUAGUGUGACCAAUUCUAUAACAUUUGUUCAGGUGGGUUCCUGGGUGAUCAAUAAUAUCCAUAUCCGAACAAGUUGACUUCUCCAGAAUUGAAGAUUUCUCAACGACCACAUAGUGACCGAAGAUAAAGCGAAUUAAUCUACAAGGAUGCAUGUUUGAAGAUUAUCACUCACUUGCUUUGUGCAAGUGUUCAUUUGAAGGACUAUUUGCCCACUAGCAGCGUUCACAGCAAAUAUUUAAAAAAACAAACAAACAUUGGUGCAAGGGUUAAGCAUGUGGCUGCCCACUACUAUCUAUUGCUAGCCAGCCACCAAAACAAAAAUCCUAUGGGGGUGAAUAAGGCCCUGACAUUACUAGAAUGGAGGUUGUAAAACUCUAUGCCCCUCUGCAGGUGGGAUCUUGUUUACUAAACAUUAAAAACUACCCAGUUGCUAGAAAAGUCCCUGUCAAAUAAGGGGGCAAAAAAUCCAGAAACUGAAAAAUUAAAUUCUACUAACUAUUAGAAUUAUUCUUUCUUCUCUUCUUCAGCCUCAAGAAAGGACAAAUUAAAAUCCACAAUCUCCACUGAAACUAACUAAAAUUAAAAAUGUACGAUUGCAGAAGAAGAAAAAAAACUUGCCAGAAAUAAUUAAAACUGUGCCACAAUAAAAGCAAGUCAUCUUCACAUAUAGAUGGCUUGCCACAGAAUGUGCACUCAUACCAACAAAAGCACUUUUAUAGACUUUCCCACAUUGACAACUAUUGCAUAGUCUGGGAAUAAAUUUACCAUGCUUUGCAAACUAAGACCAUUCUGGUUGGCUAGUAAAUCAACCAAUCAGAGCUCUCUGACAGCCAAGUCUGGAGAGGAGGUGCACAGUGAUCUUUAUAAAUAUCAUUCCAUAUUCCACAAACAAAACCUCCAGUUAGUUGCUUUUGUGAUUAGAUUUCUUUUAAAAGGAACACGCUAAAGCUGCCAUAGAGAAGCAUUGGGCACCUGUGAUGUGUGAACAUGUGUGAUGUGCUCCGCCAUUUGGAUUCCCCCCCUCCCCAUAGAGAAGCAUUAAAGGAGCACUCUAGAGCAGUGUUUCCCAACCCAGUCCUCAAGGCACACCUACCAGUCCAGGAUUUAGGGAUUACCCAGUUGUGUCUUCUUGUGUUCUUCUUUGUAAAAACACCUUAGACACAACUGGGUAAUCCCUACAUCCUGGACUGGUAGGUAUGCCUUGAGGACUGGGUUGGGAAACACUGCUCUAGAGUAUAUUUCUGACCCUAUAGUGCUAAAACCACCAUCUAGCCUCCCUGGAACACCAUUUGACUCCAUAAAUAUAGUAACAUUUUACUUAUAUUCUAACCUGAAGCUGCUGGCUAUGUCCCUCUCUGCAUCAGACCUGCAAGCUGUCUGCUGACAUCAUCAGAAGUGUUGUUCUGAGCCAAUUACAAUGCUUCCCCAUAGGAUUGGCUGAAACUGUGAAGGAGGCAGAUCAGGGGAAGAGCCAACACAAGUCAAAAACAGCCCUGGCCAAUCGGCAGCUCCUCAUAGAGAUGCAUUGAAUCAAUUAAUCUCUAUGAGGAAAGUUCAGUGUGUGCAUGCUGAGGGUGGAGACACUGAUAUGUUGUAAUGCAUACUAGGUAAGACUGCUUAAGGAAGCACCUCUAGCAGCCAUCUGAGUGGCCAGUGAAGUUAUCACUAGGCUGUAAUGUAAACACUGCAUUUUCUUUGACAAGACAGUGUUUACAGCAAAAAGCCUGAAGGGAAUUUGAUCUACUCACCAGAACAAAUGCAAUAAGCUGUAGAUGUUCUGGUGACUAUAGUGUCCCUUUAAAUCCAAUGCUAAAUCUUGCUUUGGGUGAUGAUUCUGACCAUGGAGACCUUCAUUUUUUGGUGAUCUCUCGUCCCCGUCCGACGUCCACUCACUAGUGGAGCGGAAUGGGCAUGCGUGGCAAGUGCUGCGCGCGUUCAGAGUCCAAAGGAAAGCAUUUCUUAAUGCUUUCCUGUGGACGGUCUGUGCAAUGGAUGCGAAAUUCAGAUUUGCCUCUAGCGGCUGUCUGCACCAGGAGUCAUCACCUUUACAGACCCUUAUGUAUUUGAACUCUUUAUACAGAACUAAACAGUCUUCCACAUAUGGGCAGUCAAAUAACAGGAUUUUGUUCUGCAUUCCUGUUUUCACGUUUUUGUUCUUGUUGUAGGGACCAAUACACAGUAAUAACGCAAAACAGUUUAACAAUCCACAGAAGCUCAUCUUGUUUCCUCUCCUCGUGUCCUGUUAACUGACAGCGGCUUAGCAAUUUCAAUAUAAGUCUGUGGUCUUUGCAAAAUCGCAAAGGAUAAAAUGUGCAGCAAAACUUUUCAGUGGCAAAAUGGAAUUUCCCAUCUGGUGAUUUUGUUGCUUUAGACUGGAUAAUUCCCACUCUUCUGCUUUUUAAUCGUUAUUUGUUAAAGGACCACUGUAGGCACCUAUCUGCUCAAUGAAGUGGUGUGGGUGCAAGGUCCCUCUAGGGUUAACUCUGCCUACUGUAAACAUAGCAGUUUCAGAAAAACUGCUCUGUUUACAUAUGGGUUAAUCCAGCCUCUAGUGGCUGUCUCAGAUUUGUUACUGUUAUAGAAUAUGCACUAUAACUUCUAUUAUUUGCUUUUUUCCUAUUAAGAAAAGUUAGAAUUUACUUUUAAUUUCCAUUUCAGAUUCUCAAACACUGAGCAUUGCAGAUAGGAAAUGUCAGCUCAGUUUCAAAUAUUUCUCAUGAAAUGAAAGUCCUUCCGCUAUCAUUUUUGUCAUUCUCAGAAGUUAUAUGCCUACUUUAAAUAUUCAAAAAUAAAAUUAAGGCCUGCACUCAAACUCCCACUACUACUGGGCGGCGGCAAUGACUAUAGUACAAAUCAGCACCAAUACAAUUGCGCACUAUUCCAAAUACCAAUCCACAUUUAAAAGUGUAAGCUCACCUGCCACAUCAAGGCAAAAUCUUUUUAGAUGAGUCCUACACUAACAAUCCACCUUGCUGCCCUCAGCUUUAAGGUAAAAUCUCUGAGACAGAGAGGGGUAUUUUUCUACACACUUAAUAACCCUUAUUAGGAACAGAUAGUGAGGGCAGCAGAAUAGUAACAUGGCUAGUGUAAUACAAUAGCUAAUACUAGUGUACAAAAGGCAAUUUUUCCCUGACAAAUGUUAAAGGAACACUAUAGUCACCUAAAUUACUUUAGCUAAAUAAAGCAGUUUUAGUGCAUAGAUCAUUCCCCUGCAAUUUCACUGCUCAAUUCACUGUCAUUUAGGAGUUAAAUCACUUUGUUUCUGUUUAUGCAGCCCUAGCCACACCUCCCCUGGCUAUGAUUGACAGAGCCUGCAUGAAAAAAAAACUGGUUUCACUUUCAAACAGAUGUAAUUUACCUUAAAUAAUUGAAUCUCAAUCUCUAAAUUGAACUUUAAUCACAUACAGGAGGCUCUUGCAGGUUCUAGCAAGCUAUUAACAUAGCAGGGGAUAGGAAAAUCUUAAAGGACCACUAUAGUGCCAGGAAAACAUACUCGUUUUCCUGGCACUAUAGUGCCCUGAGGGUGCCCCCACCCUCAGGGACCCCCUCCCGCCUGGCUCUGGAAAGGGGUUAAAACUUACCUUUUUCCAGCGGGCAGCUCUCCGCUUUCGAUCCUCCUCCUCUCCGCUCAUUUGGCUGAAUGAGCACGCGCGGCAAGAGUUGCGUGCGCAUUCAGCCGGUCGCAUAGGAAAGCAUUUACAAUGCUUUCCUAUGGACGCUGGCAUGCUCUCACUGUGAUUUUCACAGUGAGAAUCACGCAAGCGGUUGUCAAUGAGACCGCCACUAGAGUCUUUGGGGGAAGGAUUAACCCAUUUAUAAACAUAGCAGUUUAUAAAAAAAAAUGGGUUAACCCUAGCUGGACCUGGCACCCAGACCACUUCAUUAAGCUAAAGUGGUCUGGGUGCCUAGAGUGGUCCUUUAAUUAAACAGAAUUUGCAAUAAAGAAAGCCUAAAUAGGGCUCUCUUUACAGGAAGUGUUUAUGGAGGCUGUGCAAGUCCCAUGCAGGGAGGUCUGACUAGGGUUCAUAAACAAAGGGAUUUAACUCCUAAAUAGCAGAGGAUUGAGCAGUGAGGCUGCAGGGGCAUGUUCUAUACACCAAAACUGCUUCAUUAAGCUAAAGUUGUUCAGGUGACUAUAGUUUCCCUUUAAUAGAUUAAUAGAAAAAUACAAGUCAUAUAUUCUGGGGAGAGUAAAAAUUUCUGUACAACACAACUAGUAACUUUUUCGUUACAGUGUCCUUUAUUGCAGUUGCUACAGAACAACCCUUUCUAAUUAAGAAAACAUUACCUUAUUUAGGUAGAAGAAGGUAUCUGUUUAUUAUCAAAUAGAUAUUAUUUGUUUUUAAAGAGAAGACUACAAUUUUGCCCUUAGUUUAGAAAACCAAUAGGGAAAAUAUAAGUCUCUCAGUCCCAAAAGGGAAAUGUUAUAUUCACCCUGGGUUGAACCAGGUGUAGUCACUAUUAAACGCAUAAUUGGAUAUAAUACAUAAUAUUGUUAGAUAUCACCAUUACUUCUGUUUUGUAGCAUAUGUGUGGGUAUUAUGCUUUGUUAGCCAAACACUUUGUUUUUAUUUCCUGGCUACAAUACUACUGUGGGUUGUUGGUGAAGGAAGGAAUUGGGACUUCCAUUAUCUAUUUAAUUAUAUCUAAUUUCUAUCCCUUUUGGAUAACUGGUACAUAAAUCCAAUGAAUUUGUAAAGAUGAAUGCAAAUUAUGUGGGGGGAGAAAGGGCAUGUUUUUAUUUCAUAGAAGAUAUUUGCUCCAUUGGGCCUCAAAAGGACACUGGAACAGGAGAUCAAGACUCCCAAAAUAUUACUGAUAUUGCUUCCAUUUUUUAAAAAAAUUUUUUUUAAUGGAAACAUAGUUUGUCUUCCCUGAGGUCUGGAAAAAAAAUUAGUUUAACAUUGGUCAGUCUAUGAAUUUGUUAAUCAUUAAACUUUUUAAGAUAUGUGAGUGUGCAGCGGGUUAAAGGGACACUACAGGUGCCAUUAACUUAAUACAUCAGAUUUUGUUUAUAGCUCAUACCUCUGCACCUUCACUGCUCAAUUUUGUCAUUUAGAAGUUAAAUCACUCCAGAGUUAACGUUACAAAAAAUAUAUAUUCUACAGUAUAAUUUUAGAGUGGUUAAAAAUUAUUUGGGUAUAACGGUAAUCAGGGAUACCAAUAGAUUAAUCGAAGUUAAUUUUAUGAAAACUUUAAAAAAGACAAAUCUGACAAAAAAAAAUGGAGGAAAAAUAUUUGAAGUUGGUUGGGGAAAAUAAAUGUGAUAAAAACGUAUAUCUUCCCACUACAGACAUUAAAUGAUCUCAUUAAAAAUACCAGAUAGCUGGUUAGAUAUAACCCAAGACCGCUUUCGCAAUUUUGUCUGAAGGGGUAAGAAACCCUGCAUUGGAAUGGGGGGGUGUCUAAGCAAUGGAACAAACAAGGGGCAGUGAAUUUUUUAUAUAUAGGACAUUGCUAUUAGGCUAACGCUGUAUACCAUCUACAGUUGUUGACCAAAGAAAAAUGGAAAAGAGAGGGAUGAUUUAAAAUAGAGGAUUUUAUGGAUAAGGGGGACAUUAUCAGAGCUAUAUGGCAAGGAGAAAAACUAUUUAAAAGAAAAUAAGAUUCAUACACACAUUUUCACAAUAUGGGCUGAAAUAAUGAAUAAAUUGAAGAUAAAAACAAUUUUGGUUUCACAGAGUUAGUUUAAAAAUGAAGUGGAAUAAAGGAAGUAUAAACACUAGAUCUCUCUUUACGGGAAGUGUUUUGGAGAGUUGUGUAUGUCACAUGCAGGGAGUUGUGACUAGAGUUGCAUAGACAAAAUUAUUUAACUCCUAAAUGGCAGAGUAUUGAGCAGUGAGAUUGCAGGAAAGGAAUCAACAAAAUAUAGGUCUUUGGCCGAUAUAUUCAUCUGAUAUUCUGCAUUUUGGCAAUCAUUGGUAUCGGCUUUUAAUGAUACCAAUAUUGCCGAUAAGGCGGGCAGGUGACUGAGACCCAGCGCAAGCCAUCUUCAGCUCCUCUCUCCAAUUCUUGCAAGCACCCAGCGGCAUCAAAGCGUUGACACAGUUUACCAUGGCGAAGCUCUGUGCAACAUACCAGGCUUUCGAGAGUUGGAGAGAGGAGUUGCCUGAAACUGAACAAUGCGUGAAAAGGGUCUCAGCCACCCCUAAUUCAAAGUGAAACCCCCUGGCAGCCUGCACAAAGCCACUAGAUCACCAUGGAGUGUAAUGGUGGUCACAAGUAAAAGACAGGGAGGGUGGAAUAAAAUUAUUUUUUUUAUUAAAAUUAUGCAAUAAUUAUAUAAAAUUAUUUUUUUUUUUUAAACUCCUUUUAGCCCACAGAAUGGAUUAGCCACAGAAUCCUGCCACACACACACAUUUAAGAAAACAAUAAAAUUUUUACUGGGAUAAAUAAAGAUAUAUAUAUAUAUAUAUAUAUAUAUAUAUAUAUAUAUAUAUAUAUAUAUAUAUAUAUAUAUAUAUAUAUAUAUAUAUAUAUAUAUAUAAAAAAAUUUUAAAUAAACAUGUUCAGUUAAUGGCAGAUUUGAAUAAAAAUUGUUUCUUUUUAAAAAAUGCAAAAGAACAAAAUAGCGGUACCAAUUAUCAGCAUUGGCUCUUUAAAAAAUUGCGUUUGUCAAUCCUACUGCAGGAGCAUGAUCUAUACACCAAAGCUGCUGCAUUAUGCUAAAGUUGUUCUGAUGCCUAUAGUGUCCCUUUAAAGGGACACUAUAGUCACCAAAACAACUUUAGCUUAAUGAAGCAGUUUUGGUGUAUAGAUCAUGCCCUUGCAGUCUUACUGCUCAAUUAUCUGCCAUUUAGGAGUUAAAUCAUCUUGUUUCUGCAACCAUAGUCACACCUCCCUGCAUGUGACUUGUACAGUCUUCCCAAACACUUUUUGUAAAAAGUCAUCUAAUGUUUACACUUCCUUCAUUGCAAAUUCAGUUUAAUUUAGUAUUUAUCUCCUGCUCUGUUAAUAGCUUGCUAGACCCUGCAGGAGCCUACUGUGUGUCAAUAAAGCUCAAUAUACAGAGCAGGAGAUUACAUUUUUUUUAUUUUUGCAUGCAAGCUGUGUCAGUUACAGCCAGGGGAGGUGUGGCUAUGGCUGCAUAAACAGAAACAAAAGUGAUUUAUCUCCUAAAUGGCAGGGACAUGUUCUAUGCACAAAAACUGCUUCAUUAAGCUAACAUUGUUUUGGUGACUUUAGUGUCCCUUUAAGAUAUUCAUUCAUAAUAAAAUCUUGUGAUUUAGUGAGGGAAUUAAUUUAUUGCCUACUUAAAACAUCUUGGAAAGGGAAGGCAAGCUAGAAAUGUUUAUAAUUAAAAGCACCAGGAGCUGGGCAAAUGGGAGAGAGAUGGAGAAUUCAAAUUCCAAACAUGUUCAAAACUUCACUAAACAGGGAAUUGCAAUCAUUUUGGAAAUUUGAAUUUAGAAAAUGUAAACUGCAUUUCACGAUUGGGUAAAUAAACUCCAUUUUCCAAUACAGUAACUUUCUUCUGUUUUUCUACCAUAUGUUAAAUGUAGAAAAGCUUGUUCUAGUUACUACAAGCAUUUAUUUAUAUUAAAUAGAGAACAUGUUUUUGAUUUUGUCUUUGUAAUGUCUAAAAUAUUGUUUUCUCUCUCGGCAGCCUUCGCUUGGGACUGCAAGCCCAGGUAACUUCCUUCCUUCAUCUAUCUUGGUUUAUUUGUUUAAUUUUAUAAUUGCAUGUUUCCAGCACAUAAUGUGUAAAAGGAGAAACUACUAUGAAACACAUUUGGCUUACACAAUGCAGAGAACCGACUGCCUGUUCUUUAAAAAAAAAAAAAAAAGAAUGGCACAAAAAUGACCCCCCAUUUCAGGGUCUAAAUCAGCUUUACAACUCUCUCCUGCUUUAGAAAUACAUAUCAUUAUUUCAAAAGCUGGCAUGUUCUUUUAAGCAGCAAUUCCUUUAUUUUUGUGUGGUAUAAUCUUCAAGAAUUAUUAUUAUUUAUAUAGCGCCAACAAAUUCCGUAGCGCUGUACAAUGGGUGGACUAACAGACACAUAAUUGAGAUCAGACCACUGGAACAGAGGAGUUGAGGGCCCUGCUCGAUGAGCUUACAUGCUAGAGGGAGUGGGGUAUAGUGACACAAAGGGUUAAAGUAGGGGAAUUACAUAGUUUGUUAGAGAAGGGUUUAUUGAGUGCUUGGUAGGUCAUUUUUGACAGUUGCAGGAAAGAAGUCAUGGGGUGGUGAAUGAGAAAGCUGCUGACAGUUUAAUUGAUACGCUUUAAUGAAGAAGUGAGUUUUCAAAGAUUUUUUGAAGGAGUGGAGGCUGGCUGAAAGUCUGAUUGAGGAGGGAAGGGAGUUCCAUGGAAUAGGUGCAGCCCUGGAGAAGUCUUGAAGGCGAGCAUCAGAGGUGGGGAUCCGGGCAGAUAAUAGGCGUAGGUCUUGGGCUGAGCGCAGGGCUGUCGACGGGACAUACUUGUGUAUGAGGGAGGAUAGGUAUGUUGGAGCAGCAUUAUGUAGGGAUUUGUAAGCAAGCGCCAGAAUUUUGAAUUGGGCCCUAUAUCUAACUGGAAGCCAAUGCAGGGACUGACAGAGCGUGGAGGCUGACAGGAAAAUAAGCCUUGCAGCCGCAUUCAUUAUAGACUGCAGCGGUGCAAGCUGGGAACAUGUAAGACCGUUGAGAAGGGGAUUGCAGUAGUCAAGGCCAGAGAGAACAACAGCAUGAACCAGUACCUUAGCCGUGUCCGACGUUAGAUAUGGGCGGAUGGGCGCUAUGUUCUUGAGUUGGAAGCGACCGGAUUUAGCUAUCGAUUGGACAUGGGGAGUAAAAGCGAGAUCAGAAUCUAAAAGAACCCCUAGGCAGCGAGCCUGCGAGGUAGAGGUGACAGUAGUGCCGUCGACUUGGAUGAAGACAGACACAGGAGUAGCAGCACUUGAGGGAGGAAAAACUAGAAGUUCUGUUUUGGACAGGUUGAGUUUUUAAGGAAGUGAGCAGCCAUCCAGUUGGAAAUAGUAGAGAGGCAGUCAGAAACACGAGUCAAGGUGGGAGGAGAGAGAUCAGGGGAGGACAGAUAGAUUUGCGUGUCAUCUGCAUAUAAAUGAUAUUGGAAGCCAAAGGAGCUGAUGAGUUUACCAAGGGAGGCAGUAUAGAUAGAGGACAGAACCUUGGGGGACGCCGACAGAGAGGGGUUGGGGAGAAGAGGCAGAGCCAGAGAAAGAAACACUGAAAGAGCGCUGGGAGAGGUAGAAGGAGCACCAGGAGAGAGCAGUAUCCCGUAGACCAAAGUUACGGAGAAUGUGAAGAAGCUGUUGAUGAUCAACAGUGUCAAAGGCGGCAGAAAGAUCUAGGAGGAUUAGGAUAGAGUAUUGGCUGCGAGAUUUAGCAGCAAUUAAAUUGUUGGAUACUUUGGUCACAGCAGUUUCGACAGAGUGACCAGCGCGGAAUCCAGACUGAAGGGGGUCAAGCUAUAUUACAAACUAUACGCUGCUUUGUCAAGUGUAAAUUGCUUAUAUGUGGAUGGAAUGUUCAUCAGAUCCAUAGGCGUGCGCAGCCUAUUGCAUUAGGGUGUGCACCCUAAAGCACACACACACACACACACACGUGUGUGUGUGUGUAUAUAUAUAUAUAUAUAUAUUAUAAUAUAAUAUAAUUUUAUACAAUUUUUUAAACUAAACUUGACCAAAACUGAAAUUCUUGUCUUUUCUCCCUCAAGUGUUGUUACUCCUGUCUGUCUCCCUCCAAGUCAACGGUGCUACCAUCAGCUCCCCCACGCAGGCUUGCUGCCUAGGUGUUCUCUUUGACUCCGACCUCUCCUUCAAGCCUCAUGUUCAAUCUAUCGCCAAAUCCUGUUAUUUCCAUCUAAAAAACAUUGAGCGCAUCCGCCCCUACUUAACGUCAGAUGCGACUAAGGUGUUGGUCCAUUCCACUGUCCUUUUUCGCCUUGACUACUGUAAUCCGCUUCUCAGAGGUCUUACGUGCUCCCAACUAGCGCCGUUACAGUCCAUAAUGAAUGUGGCGGCAAGGCUCAUCUUCCUGUCCCACCCGCACCUCCCAUGCCUCACCCUUCUGUCAAUCCCUACAUUGGCUUCCUAUAAAAUAUAGAGCUCAAUUUAAAAUUCUGGUUCUUGCUUUCAAAUCGCUACAUAAUGCUGCUCCCACCUAUCUAUCCCUUAUACACAAGUAUGUCCGUCUAGGCCCUUACGUCUAUCUUCUGUCAGUACUACUCCCACCUCUGAUGCUCGCCUUCACGUUUUCUCGAGGGCUGCACCGUUCCUGUGGAACUCUCUUCCCUCCUCCGUUAGAUGCUCACCUAGUCAACAUUCCUUCAAAAAAAUCGUUAAAAACCCACUUCUUUGUAUCAAUUAAACUGUUAAUAGCUCCUGACUGAUUCCUCUUCUGCAACUGUCACUAGUCUAAUACUAUCCUUACCUUUUUGUGUAAUUUUACCCCACUCCCUCUAGCAUGUAAGCUCAUUGAGCAGGGCCCUCAACCCCUCUGUUCCUGUGUGUCCAACUUGUCUGGUUACAACUACAUGUCUAUUCGUCCACCCAUUGUAAAGCGCUGCAGAAUUUGACGGCGCCCUAUAAAUAUAAUAAUAAUAUACACACACUGUUGUGUAAGGGUGCUGUUCGUGUGAUGUGGGUGAGGGUGCUGUUAGUGUGCUGUUUGUGAAGAUGCUGUUAGUGUGCUGUGUGUGUGCCAGGGUGCUGUUGGUGUGCUGUUAGUGUGCUGUGUGUUUGGAGGGAUUGUGGAGGUUGGGGCAAAUUAGUUCAUAUCCCCCCUCCCUUCUUACUUUAUGUAGGGAGGGGGGAUCCUUGCUGCCAUGUGCCAUCCCUGGUGGUCCAGUGGAGAGUGAACUCUAGCCUGCGGGGCAACGCCCAUAUCUCACAAGAGGAAUCUGGCGGAGCUUCUGGCUAGAGCUCCCCGGGUCCUCUCCUGCCUCCCUCCAUGCUGCUGUGGGCUGGUGAGGUAGCUCUUUAAUCUCACCACCGGCCCAUGGAGGCUUAGAGCAGAGCCGGCGCUGGGAUAGCGCCGGCUCUGCAUGAGCCGACAGGGGAAAUCCUGAGAUCUCCCCUGCCGGUCUCAAUCCAUAGGUGUGCCGCGGGGAUUACGGUGUGCCCAGGCACAACUUGCACACCCUGUGCGCACGCCUAUGAUCAGAUCUCUUUACUAAUUCAUGAAUUGUGUAAAUCUGGCCAGGGAAUUUUAAUCUUUUAGGCCAAGAUAGGUAAACUAGCAUUGUCUGCAUUUUGCCUAAAAUUAGCAAUUCCUUGUAAAUUCAUUGUUUAGUGAAAACACACUUGGGUUUUAAAGGCCAUACACUGCAUUGCAUGUCUUUGGAGUUGAACUGUUGCCAAUUGGAAGUCAACCUGUCAUAUUUAUUUAUGUUUGUCUAAUUCAGGAGGCUCGGCUACAUCAGAUGACCACGAGUUUGAUCCAUCAGCUGAUAUGUUGGUUCAUGAAUUUGAUGACGAAAGAACUUUGGAGGAGGAAGAGUUGAUGGAGGGGGAAGUUAAUUUUACAACUGAAAUUGAACACCUUGAAAGGGUAAAUAACAGCAAGAAUAUCAUAAACGUGCAUUUUUAUUGAUGCUCAUUUGUGAGUUUGUACUUCACCAAAUUUUAUAGCUUGAAUUUAUGUAUGUAAAAAGUGUCAUGGGUGCGGUUUAAGGAAGUUAUGCUUUUUAUGCAUUUCAUGUGACCAAAGUCCAUCUCUCAAAAAAUUUAUUAAACGAAGAAUUGACUGACUAGCACACAUUGUCAGGGUUAUUCACUGAACUCCAAAUUGUAGCAAAAUGAAAUCCGAGUGGUAAAAUGUAGGCUUAAAUUUGAAUGUUGGGUGAGUAAUGCUAUUAGUGUUGUUGUUUGUUUUUGUUUUUGGGCUAUUCAGCUCUUUGAAGCCUAGUUAAACUAAUUGUGAAGGUGAAAAGAAAUUUGUGCUUUUAAAACGUAAUUUCCACAGAAGAGUUUUCUUCCCGUCUUAAAGGCAAACCAUUUACAAGCUGAUUGACAACUGGGGUCCCAAAUUCCCUCUCUUGCCUGGUUCCUGCUUUGUCUUAUGCAAUGUUAAUUUCGUUGACUAACAAUUAGUCAUAGUUUUCGGCAAAAUCAUGUUUCAGUCCCGAAAACAAGACUGAAAAUUAAUGAUAUUUUAGUCAAGAGUAAAACUAAAUUAACAUUUGAAGCAAAAAUUAAGAUUUUUUUAUUUAUUUUUAUCAGGUGGGAAUGCAAAUGUAAAAUAGUUAUUAAAAAAGAUUAAAAAAAACCUGUGUAAUGGCAUUUUACAGCCACUAAAUAUUUCCUGAAUAUAGACCCCAUCCCCCCACAAAAAAAAACCAAACAAACUGUUCUCUGUUAAAGGACAUACAUCCCUUGUUGGACACAAGAUAAACUUUCUCAGUGACACUGAUCUUGUGGCUAAUGCACAAGUUAUAAACUGAACCAUAACCUAGACAAUGUGCACAAGAUCUACUUAUCGGUGAGCAUUCCAUUAGAGCAGUUUAGACUGCUGAUUUAACAAUCUUUUUGUACUUGAAUGUUUUUCUUGAGUUAAAAAUUUAGGCUGGCUGUUACUAAACUAAGAUCCCUAACUACCCUUAGAUGUAUACCACCAGCCAGGCCUUAUAUUGUUCCAGAAGGUCUUGUCUUGCUUUGUGAAACGCCUUUAAUAGACACUUAUAUUUCUUGGCAGACAUCGUUUAAACCAUAUUGGUUUUAAUAUGCCGUUUUUUGUUUUCUAGGGCGUAUAUGUUAAGUGUUUUUUUUUCUUUCAUACCAAGGGUCACUAUAACCACUGCAUAAAUACUGCUGUAAUUGUUAUGAUGCCAGCAUGCUCUUGUUGCUGCCUUCCCAUUCAUAGAAUAGCUCUCAAAUACAGACAAUUCCAAAUGCUAAUACAGAAGUGUAACUUUCACAUUGUGUCAUAUCUUUCGAGAAUGAUUUGAAACAUACUCAGGACCCCUUUAGAACCAUGUUGCACAUACUUCUUUCUUUAGAGACUUUCAUAUUUUGAAUUUUGCCUGGCUACAUUUUUGUGAUUUAAUAAUAAUCUUGCUUUGCUAUAGUUUUGAGUUUUGGUUUUUCUUUUCAAUGUUCUCAGGAAAGCGAAAUGCCAAUCCAUGAACUAUUACGAUUGUAUGGCUAUGGUAGUACUGUCCCUCUGCCAGGAGAAGAGGAAGAUGAUGAUGACGACGACGAAGAGGAGGAGGAGGAAGAAGAAGAAGAAGAAGAAGAGGAGGAGGAGGAAGAGGAGGAGAAUGACCGGAACAGUGCCUGCAGUGUGGAAAACAAGGUACCAGUUGCUGCUGCUCCUUACUGGUUCUCAUUUCUUUUUAUACAGCCUAUUUAAAUUACAUUUAGAUAACACUCAAUACACAUGUAAGAUUAUCAAAAAUGGCUGGCUGAAAAUCUUCCUUAGUUCAUUGCGUAUCGAAAUUGUUAGAUUAAUAGCAAUAUCAAAUUAACUUGUUUAUGAAAAUAUAAAUUCACUUACUAUUAAUGUUAAUCUGAUAACUGCCAAUUUUGGAUUCCGUGCCGUUGUAAAAAAAUAAACUUAAAGGGACACUCCUAAAGCACUUUCACUUUGAAUAAAUUUACAAUUUUAAAAAUUAACCUUGGGGGGGGGGGGGGCCACAAACUUGGCAAUUGCCUGCUUCUUGACUUUAGCUCCACUGAGCUAAACAAACCAGGAAGUAACAGGAUGUGUUGUCUGCUUGAAAGCCAGGAGGUGUAACAAGGUUAAUUUAUAAAAUUGUAAAUUUUUGUAAAAUGGGGGUGAGAAUGACUGUCUUCCCAGAAAGCACUUCAGCAAGCAAAAGUACUGCAGGUUUCCAGAAUGUCCAUUUUUAAGGAUUUUUAUUUUCCAUAUGCUGCUUAUUUUUCCUUUACAUGCAUAUUCAAGAUUAAGACGUUAACCUCCUGAUUCAGUUCAGUCUUAACACAGCCUUCUUGUUGUAUUAGCAGGAUAUAACUGGCGUAUUAAAAUGAGAUUGACUUGUUAGUCUUAGGCUGAGAGUGGUUUUUAGUAUAGUUUUUUACCUGCUCCAUAUCUCAUUUUCUAUUUCAGGAGAAGUCUGUCACCUCUGUAGAAUGAAGUAAGGCAGAUGCAGGAGAUUGCUAUUUGGUUGAGGUUGCUUAGCUGUCACUCAGCCAAUGAGCAAAGUCCUGCAUGGCCUGCUUUGCUCUAUAAAGCAAUCCAGAUUAUCUUGCAGGAAAGACUGAAUUCAGCUGUUUGACCCAGGAAAUUUGUCAAACUAUACUGAAGCAGUUUUACUUGCUGUGAGAUAGCACCAUGACUAAAGCAGACUGUAGAGCAGGCUUCCCAAAACUCUGGCCCUCCAGAUGUUGCUGAACUACAACUCCCAUGAUUCUAUGAAUGCAAUAGGCUGAGAAUCAUGGGAGUUGUAGUACAGCAACAUCUGGAGGGCCGGAGUUUGGGGAAGCCUGCUGUAGAGUUUAUGGUGCUUGGAGUGUUUGGGUGCCUGAUGUGUGAUCAAUGCAUUGGAAUAUAUAUUUUUAAAUAUUCUGAUAGCGAAGAAAUACAAUAUUAUAAAUGGCCAACACAUUUCCUGACCAUUUGGCAUUCUUGAUUCUCUUGAUUCCCUCCACUAUGUCCUGUCAAAUAGUGGCUGCAACGCCGGCAUCAGAUCAUUUAAGUGCUGGUAUUGUGUUGGUGUCCCUGAUUAUGGCUGGUUCACAAUGAUUGAGUACUUAAAGGGUUUACAUUUUGUUAGAGCAUGUACCAUAUUGGUGUAUUCUCUUUUAGGAUGAGAUCAUUAAAGAUUCCUCUGGACCGGAAGAUGAGACUCAAUCAUGUAACGAUGACACAGUGCCGUCUGCUACAUGUCGGGAUGUACAAGAGGCAAUGAGGCCACGGAGGUGCAAGUAUUUUGAUGCAAGUAUGUUGCUGGUUUUCAUUAAAUGUCUUUAUUUGUCUGCUUGUCUAAACUCUUAAAUAAGAUGGGGAUUAUUAAAGCAAUGAUCAAUUUUUUCCUCCGUCUUAAUAAAGCAAAAAAGCAAUCUUGAUUGUCGGUGUAUAUGCAAAUCUUGUCAGCCUUAGAUAAUGUUGUACAAGAUAUUAUCAUACAGGGCAGUAUUCAUUUUAUUUUCACUGUAUGUUUUCUGUUUACUCUACAAAUGUGCAAUAUAUUCACCCUGCCAGUGUGUGUAAGCUAGAAAUAACGGUUUUAUUCUUAAUAUUUAAUCACACACAAUCCUCCUAAACUCAACAUUAAUAUCACAUUGAUUUUAUUUUGUGUUAUGAACAGGCUUGUCAGUUUAAAUUCAUAAAGUACAUGCUUACUGAAAUAGCUGUGGGUUACAUUGUUGGUACUAUAUAAAUACCAUAUUGGCCUGGGGCUCACCUUUGUCAUUUUAGGCCUCGUGUCGAUUUUUAGGAUAAUUUUGCACAAACAAAAAUGGUACAUAUGAUUUUGUUUUGUUUUUUCAUCCUGAAAGUGUUCUCCAUUAAUGGGACAAUCUAAACAAUAUAACAGCUGUAAUAAGUUUUAGUUCCAUCCCCUAAUUUCCUUUCAGUGCUUGUUCUCUCUAGUCUAGCCCAUCUGCUGAUGCAUUAUUCACCUGAAUUUGGACAGUAGUUAUGGGCUGACUGGUUGCAUGGCUUUGGUUCGAUAAUGUGGACAUUGCACUUCCACAUUAACAGCAUAAAAAAUGGUUUUAAGGGAUGAACCUGAUGGACUUUAGUCAACCUAGAUUACUAUGUAACAUUAUCUAAAUGGCAGGAGAGUUGUCCAUUCUGUCCCACCAUCUCACCUUAUAACUACCAAAAUGAUUGGAUGGGGAAGGUUGGGGGACAAACAACCACUUCUACAUUUCUAGUGGUUAUGCUGUUUUGAGAGUCAUGAGGUGUAAUCUGCGAUUGGGUGACAGGUAAUCAUAUUAAAGUUGUACAUGUUAGAUUUACUUUGUUUUCAAAAUAUUAGUAUUUUGCUUCAAUUAUUUUCUGAAUGUUUCCACAGAUAAUGAAAUAGAAGAAGAAUCAGAGGAUGAUGAGGAUUAUGUUCCUUCAGAAGACUGGAAAAAGGUACCAGUUGGAAAUUUCUAUUUGUGUGUUGGUCUGCGACCUGUAAUCUCCCCUACCAAGUGAUCAAGAUGACUCCAGAGGUUGUCAAGGCAGGGUGCACUGGCCAUUCUUAUGAGUUACCCAUGUGUUUGAGUUGCCUGGCACAGGAUGCGUCCAGGCUUUUUUCUUGACUUAUUACAUUGUAUAUAUUUAAGUUAUUUUAUGCUGUUCCCUGCCCUGGUUGUUCCCUUAAACCCUUUCCCUGUCAUCACUGCAGAGCAGUGUUUGGAGGGGGUCCAAUUAAGAAUGGACAUCUUCUUGCAUUUCCUUUUCUAAGACUUCCGCUUGAAUGACCCAAUAUUGUGGUCUUUAAUAUUUUUGCUACUCUUACGUAAGGCUUUUGUGCAAGGGCCUCCCUCCACAAUGGCUGACAAUACUCUUCCUCCCUAAAUCCCUUUCACAUCAACAUUUGUUUCAUUUGCCAUGUACUGCCAAGGGACAAUGCACUCUGAUGCCGGUGUACUUGGAGUCUGCCCAGUUUUUUUUAAAUUAAUUUUUUUGUUCUUCUUCUUUACAUGAAAAUGGACAGUAUUCACUCUUGCUUUAAAGAACUGAAUAGCUUCUUUUCAACAAAUUAUAGGAAUAACAUUUUGCUUUUUAAAAAGUUUCAUAAAUUUUCUCAGCCAUGUACUGAAACGUAUCACAAAAUUUACCUCUAAAAUGUGCAUGAAAAAUAUCAUAAUUUUUCCCAGAUUUAGCUUAUAUGUCUGGGAGAACUCUCUAAAUCUCAACUCCCCUAGUACUUUUAUCAAAACUCUCUCAUAACUUUCACACUAGGAGGAUUAGUCCUAUCCCACACACUUAUUUCAGCUAUUUUAGGUACAUGUGUCAUAUAGUAUAUAGUGUUUGCUCUGUUUCUCUGGCUGUCCAGAUUUUACAUAUUCCUCUCUUUAGAUGGUAAAAUAAUCAUACAAGUUAAAAUGCUGUGAAGUGCAGCAAAUCGGAUCUAUUUUCCUUCACUUUUCCAUCAUUAUAUACUUCACGGUCUGCCUUGCUCCGUAUAUGUAAGUGGCUAACGAUUUUGAACGGAAGCAAAGCAAACGUUUCAUUUCCAUUCCAUUCUUCAAAGCAAACGUUUAAUUACCAAUAAGUGCUUUAAAAUAUUUUUUGAAGAGCCGAGAGUUAGCCAUUAUUUCCCAAAUUGUGAGUUGAACUCUGGUAACUUGUACCACCUCACCUGUUUAAUAAAAUGCCUUCCAGACCGUCAGCAUCCCGACAUUUCUAUAUACAGUACAGGGGAGUAUAUAUUAGGCUCUCACGGAAUUCUCUCGAGUGUGCUAGCCUGAAUAAACAAGGUUAACCAGAACACUCGGCAUUGUUUAGAAAGAUAGCAGGAUUUGGGGUGGAAUAGUGUACGACGGACCUUUUGUGUAAAACAGAAAUGCUGGGUUGUACCGUGGAACUUAAAAUUACAGUAUCACAAAGGCACCCAGUCUGGCAUUUCUAUUUUUCUAAAUAUGAGGGGUUGUGUACAUACUGUGUAGUUAAUGAGUUGUAUUAUAUAACAAUGCAACACAGUAACUUAAUGUACAUUUCCAUUUUCACAGGAAAUAAUGGUUGGUUCCAUGUUCCAGGCAGAGAUUCCAGUUGGCAUCUGCAAGUACAAGGAAACUGAAAAAGGUGAAUGGUAGCACUAUGUGGACUUUUCCUUGUACUGAAGGCUUUAAUGAGUCUCCAGAUCUAAUUUGACUGGUCUCAGUGACACAAUUACAGCUUUGCUAGUAUAGCAGACAAGAUGGCCACCUCCAAGGGCCUCAAUAAAACUACAUUUUGUAAUCUUACUGUGUACAUAUCCCUUAACAAAACCUAAAAUCUGGUCUCCAUAAACUGUUGUAUAUUAAAAGUGGUUUCAGGGAAAGUUAGUUUGUUUUUGUUUUGUUCACAUUUUAUUUACAAGUACACAAGACUUUAAUGCGUCAUGAAAAGAUGAGGUCCUCGGUGAGCACACAGGCUAUCACUGGCUAAAUGUAAAUUAACUAGUAAUCUGGGCUAAGAGUGUAUAACCGUACGUUCUCUGAAUAUCAUUCCAUGCAUCCGUGUGCUAGUGCGAGGCCCAGCUGUGGUUAUGGUACAAGAUCCUAAAAAUCUCUCUUAUGGAAUUUGCUUUGAGUACCUCUUUGCUAGCUGUGGAUUUUGUUUUAAUUUUUAAUUUCUCUUAUGGAAAUGCCAAUUACUUUUUUAAAGGGUUAAAUGUAUAUUUAUAUUUUUAUUUUGUAGUGUAUGAAAAUGAUGACCAGUUAUUGUGGAACCCAGAUUUUAUAGUGGAAACAAGAGUUCUAGAUUUUCUAAGUGAAGCGUCCAGAAGGACUGGUGAAGAGAAGGGAAUAGAUGCAAUUCCAGAGGGAUCACAUAUAAAAGAUAACGAACAGGUACAGACCGUUCAUUUUCCUCGGUUGUGUUGUCUACAUUUGGGAAUAGUGAUGGGUAUACAUUAUCAGGUUAGCAAAUUUGAGAUCGCUGAGUGGUCAGUAUUUCUUUACUCACGUGCAUAUUCCUAAAUCUACUCAAAUGGCUGAAAUUUAAAGCUAAGCACUGACAAGUUAUUUGUUUAAAAAAACAUCCCUUUUGGCAUUUAAAGUUUAAUUUCACCAAACUGAUAAAAUACUUAUUUCCUAAACUCCACCAAACUACAAAAGUCUUGUCUCGAUAAGGACAAAUGCUAGGCAUCUUUAAUGUGUGCAGAAAAUCAGGCUUAUUUAAUAUACAAAGCAGUCUGAAGCAUUGUACUGCGUCAGAGCCCCGCUCUGUGGCUUUUAGAACGCAGCGCCUGUACUUUGAGCCUCAAAAACUAGAACUUAAAUUAAUCUGUGUGAUUUGCUUGGUGACAGAAUGAGUCCCAUUAGAGAAUGGUUUCUCUGAAUGGUAAAGGUUAGCACUGGAUUAGUAAAGAAAUUGGUGCUUUGUGCUGUCAAGUGUUUUAAUCAGUCCUUGAGGUUGAGCUCAUUCCUUGACCUACAGGAACGAUCCAUUUGGAUAAACCCAAAAGAAAACAUGAAUGUUUUAUUUAUUUUUUCUGCAUAUUUUCUUUUUUGAAGUAUAUAAAAAGAAUAGCCUACAUCUGGUAGUCUUUAUCCCCAGCACUCUAUUUCAGUCUGUGCCAACAGAUUGACCAGCCACAGGCUUCCAAUUGGGAAGUCCCUAUACUGAAGCCACAGGCUCACAAAUUCAUCUUCCCAUGUGUAGACUGAGAAGUGGUGAAGACAGUUAUGCUUUUGCCACACGUUUCUCAACCCGUGGCAGGGCAUGCGCUUUGAGCUGGCUGACCACUUUAGCUCCCCACACUAGGCAGCCGGCUCUGCUUUAAGGCAGAGUAGGCAACUGCUUAUCUGGACGCGAGAAUGGAGGCAGCGAGGGAGUUGUAAUGUCUGUGCUCUUCAAGCGCUACUCCCUUUGGUGCCCUGUGGUGAUGAUUAUGCAAGCCACACACUGGACCCCAUGCAAGGGAUCCACUUCAGCUUUCCCAAACGUAGGGAUGGUGGGUGGACUUAAAUAAAUAAAAAUGUGUCAAAUCAGUGACUGUGUCUGUCGGUGCCUUGUGUUUAAGUGUCUAAUUAGUGAGUGUGUACUGCAGGGGUACUUCUAUGUAAAAAAAACAAACCUUAAGAAUCACUACUCUGACCUGUAUGCCACUUCCAUUAGCUGUGUGGAACCUUUAAAUGCCAGACUGUGUUACUGGGCUUGUCUUCAGUAAAUAUCGGUAGUCCUUUAAUUGGUGAUAGGCAUACAUAGCAGAUGUAGGAAAAGGGGUUGAGGGCUGCGCUUAGCAAAAGAUAGACAAAACAAGGUAAAAAUAAAUAGAGAUAAAAACAAUAAUAAGUUUAUCCACAUAUAAGAGAGGUAUAAGUUAAAACAGUUCUCACUGAUGUGCAGUGAUAUAAUAUAAGUCCUCAAAUGUCACUCCGUCCUUAUGGUGGGUGGUCCAUAUAUGUGAAGACAAAAUGAGAGAAGAGAGGCUUCCAAUGGUGAAAUAUUGUAUGUCCAAAGUAUAAUAUAUAUUCAAAGGAAAAGGUAUUUCACUCACAUUUGGUGGAGCUUUAUCCAGCUCUCGGAGAGAAGGCACUUAGUGGUUUAAUCCCCACUAUCGGAUAUACUGAACAAUUGAUCUGUCCGUCCGGUUUGGAGUUUCUUUGGUGUAGGCUAGGACCUACUCAGAUGUGCAAUAUUCGUUUUGCUGGGGAGAUAGGUCCGCCUUUCCGGUAUUGGGUGAUGGGUGUCCACGAGAUAUAUAAAACAGCAGAUAGUGCUCUCAGUAUGAAUAACACAGUAAUAUGUAUUAAUCAAUUAUACUUACAAAAAUAGAGCAGACAGAUACUGCUCUAUUCCCACAGCGUUGGUGGAAUUAUCCCCACCUCAGCAUUUCUUUGGACGGGAUGCACUCCAGUGGUAGAUGAUAAAAUAAUACAGUAUAAAAUAAAAUAAAAAUAAUAGAAAUAAAAUGAUAAAAUAAUAUAAAAUAUUAUAAAAUAAUUGGUAUAAUAAAAUUAUGCCAGGGGUAAAAAGAAAUUUUAUCCAAUUUCUUUUUACCCCUGGCAUAAUUUUAUUAUACCAAUUAUUUUAUAAUAUUUUAUAUUAUUUUAUCAUUUUAUUUCUAUUAUUUUUAUUUUAUUUUAUACUGUAUUAUUUUAUCAUCUACCACUGGAGUGCAUCCCGUCCAAAGAAAUGCUGAGGUGGGGAUAAUUCCACCAACGCUGUGGGAAUAGAGCAGUAUCUGUCUGCUCUAUUUUUGUAAGUAUAAUUGAUUAAUACAUAUUACUGUGUUAUUCAUACUGAGAGCACUAUCUGCUGUUUUAUAUAUCUCGUGGACACCCAUCACCCAAUACCGGAAAGGCGGACCUAUCUCCCCAGCAAAACGAAUAUUGCACAUCUGAGUAGGUCCUAGCCUACACCAAAGAAACUCCAAACCGGACGGACAGAUCAAUUGUUCAGUAUAUCCGAUAGUGGGGAUUAAACCACUAAGUGCCUUCUCUCCGAGAGCUGGAUAAAGCUCCACCAAAUGUGAGUGAAAUACCUUUUCCUUUGAAUAUAUAUUAUACUUUGGACAUACAAUAUUUCACCAUUGGAAGCCUCUCUUCUCUCAUUUUGUCUUCACAUAUAUGGACCACCCACCAUAAGGACGGAGUGACAUUUGAGGACUUAUAUUAUAUCACUGCACAUCAGUGAGAACUGUUUUAACUUAUACCUCUCUUAUAUGUGGAUAAACUUAUUAUUGUUUUUAUCUCUAUUUAUUUUUACCUUGUUUUGUCUAUCUUUUGCUAAGCGCAGCCCUCAACCCCUUUUCCUGUAUCUUUUUUCCUUAAAGGGUUUUGUGAGGGAUUCCCUUUUAGGGUUGCUGCUCAACUGAGUCAGCGCAGACUCUUCCUCUCUAUUUUUAUACAUAGCAGAUGUGCCUGGUAGCAUUCUCUGACAAGUCUUUGCAAAGACAAGAGCCCAGAAUGACAAAGUGAAAUAGCUCAAGUGAUUUCAAGCAGUUUCUGAAAUGAAGACACCCCCCCCCCUUCCCCAUGCACCUGGGAGUUAAGACUGUGGCAUAUUUGGAUGUGGUUGGAAAGCAAGUUUUCUUGUGAUAGGAAGAAUCUUACCACAUCCAGUCAAGCCAAAUGUGUCUUCAAGUCCAUUUGAAGCUGGUUUGCCAUCUACUCCCCAUCUCUUCCUCACAUCUUUAACAGCCAGAGUGAAGAUGUGACAGGUCAUUUUCUUUUUACCCUAUAUCAUGGUAAAACAAUAUGUGUAAACAUGGCGUUGGCAAACCCUAAGCUGGCUUGAAUGAGCACUUGAUGAAAUUGCCACUACACAGCCUCUCAAGAUAUAACUAUAUGUGACAUAAAUUUCAGCUGCUUAAUUGAAACAAAAAGUCGUGAUGCAUAAUGGGGUGUUGGGGACUUUGGGACUUAUGAAUCAAAUAAACCACCAAACAAAUUUGUAACCGAACCUGUACAUUGUGUGAGACCCCAAGGGUGUUCCUAUAGUUUUUGUAAUAAAAUUUUUUUGAAUAAGUUGUGCAUGUUUAAGGAAGAAAGAAGUCCAAUAUAUCCUUGUUUGUUCCAGGCGCUGUACGAACUAGUGAAAUGUAACUUUGACACAGAAGAGGCUUUACGAAGAUUAAGAUUUAACGUCAAGGCUGCACGAGGUGAGCACAACUUAUGGUGCACUAAGUUAACCAAAUUUCUUACAUGGACAUUUAAUCACUAAAUCCAUAGGAAAAGUAAAAUGUCUCCACUGCUGGAGUUAUAGCUUGGCCUACAUUUUUGCAAUGUGGUUUUGCUUCAAUACAUUUAGUUAAAAACCCUAUAAGGCUUCUUACUUGUACUUUAGUUUGUAACACAAAGCAAGGAAUCACUGACUUGUGUACAUAAUGGGUCUUCUUUCUCACUACAUUGAGUGGGUGGGUGAGUCCCACCACACAAAAACAAAAGUUUUAGACUUUAGAAAAACAGACUUUUCUAAAAUUAGAAUAUGUGUAAAGCAUUCAUUCUCAUACUGGAGCAAUUUAAAUGGCGUCCAAGAGAAAUGGGAUAAUUUAAAAGUUGCACUGCUAAAGGCAACAGAAAAUUGCAUUAGGCUUGUCAAUAAAAGCAAAAGAUUCAAGAAACCACUGUGGUACUCCACAGAUGUGGGCAAAAUAGUAAAAAAACCCAAAAAGUUAGCAUUUAGUAAUUAUAAAAAAAAAAACCCCAGAGUAAUGAAGAUAGACAGAUCUAUGUAAGAUUAGGCAGAAAGAGGCUAUGCAAGUUAUAAGAGCUUCUUAAAACAUUUUUUAGAUACAUAAAUGAGAAAAGGAAAGUAAAACAAGGAUUAGAUUAAAAACAAAAGAAGGAAGGUAUGUAGAAGAGGAUAAAGGUCUAGCUGACUGCCUCAAUUAAUAUUUUUGUUCAGUAUUUACAGCUGAAAAUGAAGGAAAGGGGCCUCAGUUAGGAAAAGGACACAUGAGUCAUUUGUUACAUGUGAGUUUACAGAGGAAGAGGUUCUAUUUCAACUGUCAAAAGUAAAGACAAUGGGACCUAAUGGAAUACACCCAACAUUAUUAAAAGAGCUUAGUGGCAAAACCAUUAACAGAUUUAUUUAACCAAUCAUUGUUAACAGGAGUAGUCCCAGAAGAUUGGAAGUUGGCGAAUGUUGUGCCCAUUCACAAGAAAAUAGUAGGGAUGAGUCGGGCACCUAUAGGCCAGUAAGCCUUACUUCAGUAGUUGGGAAAGUAAUGGAAACCAUGGUAAAGGAUAGGAAUGUUGAACAUCUAAAAUCACAUGGAUUUCAAGAUCGGAGGCAACAUGGGUUUACUUCAGGGAGAUCAUGCCAAACUAAUCUUAUUGUUUUUUUGUUUUUUUUUGAUUGGGUAACUAAAAUAAUAGAUCAGGAUGGUGCAGUAGACAUUGCUUACCUAGAUUUCAUUAAGGCUUUUAACACUGUUGCACAUAGAAGGAUUAUCAAUAAACUGCAAUCUUUAAGUUUGGAUUCCAAUAUUGUUGAAUGGGCAAGGCAGUGGCUGAGUGACAGGCAACAGAGGGUUGUAGUUAAUAGAGUAUAUUCGAAGCAUGGGCUUAUCACUAGUGGGGUGCCUCAGGGAUCUGUACUUGGACCCAUUCUCUUUAAUAUUGAUAUUGCAGAAGGUCUUCAUGGUAAAGUAUGUAUUUUUGCUGCUGAUACAAAGAUAUGUAAUAGGGUUGAUGUUUCUGGAGGGAUAAGCCAAAUGGCAAAUGAUUUAGGUAAACUAGAAAAAUGGUCAGAGUUGUGGCAACUGGCAUUUAAUGUGGAUAAGUGCAAGAUAAUGCAUCUUGGACGUAAAAACCCAAGGGCAGAGUACGGAAUAUUUGAUAGUACUUACCACAACAUCUGAGGAAAGGGAUUUAGGGCUAAUUAUUUCACAUGACUUAAAGGUAGGCAGACAAUGUAAUAGAGCAACAGAAAAUGCUAGAAAAAUGCUUGGUUGUAUAGGGAGAGGUAUUGGCAGUAUAAAGAGGGAAGUGCUCAUGCCAUUGUACAGAACACGGAGACCUCACUUGGAGUAUUGUACGCAGUACUGGAAACCAUAUCUCCAGAUAGUUAUUGAUACUUUAGAGGGAGUUCAGAGAGAGGCUACUAAACUGGUUCAUGAAUUGCAGGAUAAAACUUACAAGGAAAGGUUAAAGGGACACUCCAGGCACCCAGACCACUUCUGCCCAUUGGAGUGAUCUGGGUGCCAACUCCCACUACCCUUAACCCUGCAAGUGUAAUUAUUGCCGUUUUCAUAAACUGCGAUAUUUACCUUGCAGGGUUAAGUCAGUCCUCCUCUAGUGGCUCUCUACUAGACAGCCACUAGGGGACACUUCUUUGUUCAUAGAACACAAAAAGUGGUUUAAAACGACGCUCGACGUCCUCCAGCGUCGCCGAAAUUCCCAUAGGAAAGCAUUAUUCAAAGCUUUCCUAUGGGGACGGCCACGCAUGUGCAUUUGGUCUGCCCCGCCGGCUGACGUCGGCGGGGAGGAGUGUAGGCGGAGCCUGAUCCAGCGCCCUGGGACAUCGGCGCUGGACUCCGGUAAGUCACUGAAGGAGUUUUAAGGCUAUUCUAGCUAUAAGAUAAGGCCAAGGACUAAUGAAAAUAUUUAGAACAUUGGGCAGACUAGAUGGGCCCAAUGGUUCUUAUCUGCUGUCACAUUCUAUGUUUCUAUUUGAUACUUUGAAAAGGGCUGAUUUCAGGAGGUACAUGGCUCUAUCUAGCUCUCGUGCUCUUCCUACCUUUCUGGUGUUUUCGUUAUCUGAGGUUAUCGUGCUCAAUAUCUUUAUAUUAUAGUACAAAAUAAAGCUCAUACAAAAAUGGAUGUGGUAAAUUUCUCUGCCAUAAUAUAGUAUAUGUGCAACCUCUUGUUCAUUUAUGGAUGCCCAUAUUUUCUAUUGCUGAACUACCAUUCUGUAAUUUAAAACAGAUACAGACUUAAUAUUAAAGACAGUGUGUACAUGUUUUAUAAAACUACUUUCCUAAUAUACAUAUAUAUUAUAAGACCUUUAUAAAAUGCUCACAAUCCUUUUCUCAUUUCUGGUCCAAUUUUUUUCAGAAUUUAUUUUUUUUGUUUUUUAACCGUUCCCUUUAUCCACCAUGACCUUGUUAUUGACCUUCUUCUUAUACAAUCUGUCUCUCUAUCGUGAUGUCACACUCUGCCUCCUGUAUCUUUACGGCUAGCAAUGUAGAGUCACAAACUCAUAUUCCUGGCUGGCUGUUUAUCUGUUUCUGUAGUAUGCUCCAUUGCUGGCUGUUGUACUGUCUCUCCUUUCCACACUUUGUUCCUGGCUGUUGUGCUCUGUUGCUAGCUGUUUGACUGUAUUGCUUGUUGCUUUCUGCCUUUUUAUCACACUCUGUUCCAAACUGCGUCUGUGCUCUUUCUGUUUCACGGUCAUCUUUCACCAAUCCUGUCCCAUUUUUACUGUAAACAACCUAAAUACCUAGUAAUGUAAAGCACAUUGUGUCUGUAAUAUGCCACCAAAUGUCAUGGUAUCUGAAAUCUGGCUACAGGUAGAUAUUAAUAUUGUUUUCCUCAGAAGAACUGUCAGUUUGGACGGAAGAAGAAUGUAGGAAUUUCGAACAAGGACUGAAGGCAUAUGGGAAAGAUUUUCAUUUGAUUCAAGCAAAUAAGGUAAAAUUUAUCAUUUUUUUUUUUUAUUGAGAUCUAGCAUGAUCAGUGUGAGGUUGGAAGGUUUAACAAUGCAGUUCUAGAUGUAAGGCACUGUUGAUAUGAUAGAAAUAAACUUAAAACUAUCUAAUUCAUUUCAGGUGAGGACCCGGUCUGUCGGGGAAUGUGUAGCAUUUUAUUACAUGUGGAAGAAGUCUGAACGUUAUGACUUCUUUGCCCAGCAAACGAGAUUUGGAAAGAAGAAAUAUAACCUGCAUCCUGGUGUCACGUGAGUAUUUAAUCCAAUGCUUUACUUGUGCAUACUGCCCCCUGCAGCUGGGUUGUAUGUGUAGAUUUACUUAUGCGACUGCUUUUUGAUUUGAUGUGUAUCAGCAGCCGUAGUUAUAAAUGGAGUUGGUUGCUGAUGGCAACUGCACUAGGACUGCUGUCCAUUUAGUGCAUUAUUUCCAAUUUACUGCAAGGAUUUGGCAGUUUUUAUAAGCUCCAUUUAUAGUAAGCUGGGAAGGAGCCUCUCCUUAGAGGGCGGAAUUUUGCGUCUUAUAAUAUAUAAAUGUUUGGGCAGCAGACUAGGCUACGAGGGGUAUCUGUUAUCUUGCCUCAUAAAUGAUGCAGACCAACCUCUCUCCAUACACGGCAAAACUCUUUGCGCUUGAGCUGUUUGCCAUUAUACAACACCAGUAAUUGCAUGACCCCUUUGCUUGUCUGUUGCCAGGAUGCUAUGGUGCUAAAUAUGCACAGAAUUUACAGUCUGCAUAGACCAGUGACACUGCUGGAAGUGGAGUUAUCUAACAUUCCACCUUUUAAUACAUAACCUUUUAAUACAUAACAGACUCCAAGCACCAUAACCUCUUCAGCUCACUGCAGUGGUCAGAGUGCUCGGAGAAACACUUUAAGGGCAGUUUGCUUAUUAUAACAUUGUGGUGUUUGUGCAUUAAAACAAUAAACCUUUAAAUGAAAAUGACAGUUUGGCAUGUCCUCUUUGGUUUAGUUGGUAUUAACAAGAAAUGUGUGUGAUAGAAUUUUGUUAUUUUAAUGUAUUCUGGUUUGUACAUAUUUAAGGGAUUACAUGGAUCGCCUGCUGGAUGAAAGUGAAAGUGCUGCGUCGAGCAGAGCACCCUCCCCGCCGCCGGCUACCUCAAAUAGCAGUAACAGUCAAUCGGAGAAGGAGGAUGGCACACCUGGCACUAAUCAAAAUGGUAUGAAGGGGCUUCUGUGCACUUUAUCAAUAUUUAUAUUUGCAUUGAAUAACAUAAACAAAACCUUAUAUUCUUCCUGUGCGGCAAACUUUGAUGUAAGUGACUCAUACAUUGUCUUGUAAUUCACAGAGCACAAUGUAUAGGUUUUUCAUUAUAUAGAGCAUAUAAUGAUGGUUUAUACUGCACUGCAGAUCUGUGGAGGGAUAAGAGGAAAGCUUUGUUUAUAGUUUUAUGCCUGGAUUAUUUUGUAACCAUUUUAAAAUAUAAAAUAACUUUAUGCCCUUCAUCAGCAUCACAUUGUCAGACCUGUUGACUAAUAGCCAGUGUUCCUUAAAGUAAAUAAGGCCUGCAGUGGCCACAAAGUAUAAAAUCACAAAUAUGUGCCAUUAUUUGUUGAUCCUUUUCCCCUAAGCAGUUAUCAGAACUGCAGAUAAAACAAAACCUCAUGAGCACCAAUUACUAUUAUGCCUUUUAUAUCAACAGAUUUGUAUUUAAGAUCUCUAUACAUAUAGUCUUCACAUAUAUCUCCACUGUUUUAUUCACACAUUCAUCUGUUUGCUCCUUUGAUGAGUAGUGCAAUAGACUCAAUACAUGGGCUGCAUAUUGAGAGUGGAUAUUUUUAUUAAAUGUAACAUAGAACCAAAGUUUGUGUUAGCUCAAUGCAUAGACUUUUUGCAGAGCCCAGUUACUCACCACUAGGUAACCGUUGGCUGAGUGCAGUGCCGAAUGAUGUAAAGCACAAGCCUGCGCUUAUGAGUUUUUGUUUUUUUUGUUUUUCACGGAUACACCCUAUAUCCUAGCACAGGGGUAGGUAACAUUCGGCACUACAGAUGUUGUGGACUACAUCUCUCAUAAUGCUGAAAAGCAUUGGUGGAGAUGUAUUUCACAUCUGGAGUGCCGACUUACCUACAACUGACCUAGCAAAUGGUUCAACAGUGUGAUUGUGAAGGUUCCUCAUUCAGUCACCAUAAACAGAGAACUAACAUUCCACCUUUUAAUACAUAACUGAAGCUGAGCCUGUUAUCCACACGGUUUGGAAAUGACAUGCUCCUUUUAUAUGAAACAUGCCACAGAAUUAUUAUGCAGUAAUCCUGCCUCUUGCCUACAAAGAAUUAAACAAUCUAACAUGACUGGGCAUUUUAUUGCAGGUGUAGCUGCCAAUGGCCCUUCAGAAAUGUCUGCGUACAGAGAUGAAGCCAAGCCAGAACUUGCACGUUUAAAUGGUCCAAGUCUUGGAACUGCCGACCCUUCCUCCAAUGACACAGACACCAAUGGUUACAACCAGGAAAAUGCUAUGGGUGACUCCAAGUUUAGCCAUUCUAAUGCAAGACAUGACUCCGAUGUAGAUGAGCAAAGUGAUCGAUCUGUAAAGAGGCGAAGAAUUGACAGCCCUGGGAAAGACAGCCCAGGAUCUUCUGAAUUUUCUCAGGAAGUUUUCUCAAACAACAAAGUUUAAAACAAUUUUGAAAAUUCUUGAAGUCUAAGACACUUUUGAAACAAACGCGUUUCUGGGAAACUUGUAAUUUCAGGGCUGGCUGGUUAUUUAUCAAAAUCUAUAUAUCUUGUUUUGGAGGGUUUUUUUUCCCUCUGCUGAGCCCCUGCAGAGUUGAGCCCAAGACUACGGUGAAAAACAUUUUUGUACAGUUCAGAAGGGGCAAAUUUUGGAUUCGUAUUUAAAAAUAAAAGCCUGCCCACAGAAUGUAUUUUUAUCUAACACAGCAACACGUGUAAAAGAGCUGGAAACGUACUAAUAAUAAUUCUAAUUUAUCCUGAUUCUCCAAAGCAAGCAGGUCAUUUUAAACGUUUGUUUCAAAAGAUGUCCGAUGUGGAAAUUGCUAAAGAACGCCAGGGAACCUGAACGCUCCCACAGCGUUUUUAUAGAUAGAAGUUGAACAAAUAAACCAAAUGGUUUGUGUUUAUAAAUUUUAUUGACAUCAAUGAUGUCUUCUAUUCCGAUCUGGGCCGAUAAAGAUACCUUGUGUAUUUUUCCAGAUUUUUGUAACCUUUGAAAGAUUUUUACAGUUGCCUAUGUUUUGAUUGAACUGCCCUUUCUUAAACAAAGCUUGUAUAAUUUUCUUAACUUGUACAGUUGAUAAACUUUUAUUAUGAAAAAUAAUAUUAUGAUGGUUUUAUGUCCACUUUCCUCUCACCAAGGUAAAAAAAUGGUGGAAAAAAGUUAGAAAAACAACACACACACGUUUAUUCCUUAGCAUUUUCAGUGUUUAGUUGGAGGUAUCUACAUGCCGAAAUGCUUUUGUUCAUCUGUCAUUCUCAAAAAGCAACAUUUUGCAGGUUAAUCAACUAAUUAAAAACUACACUCCACACUGUGCCCAUUUAAUCUGACAAUGUCUGCUCAUUUCUAUUUUUCCCCCUCACUCUGAAUUGUAAACUUGAUUUGGUGUAACAUUGUAACGACCGCUUAUGAAGGAAUUAAUAAUGUAUGUUUGGAUUUACUAGGUAUUUUGAUUUGUAGACUUUCAUCAAUGGCACAUUUUGGGGGGAAAUCUUCAAUUUAUGAUCACUGCUAAAUAUUGAAAUUUUGAACAAGUAGACAUGUUAUUUUAGUAACGCAUAUCAAGCAAAUUACAUAUAUUUUGUAACUCGCCAUGCAAUUCGUAUAUAUUUCCAAUGCCUGUGUAUUUACAUUUGAGAUUUAUACUGAAAAUGUAAUAACGUAAGCCUAUUUUCUGCAGUUUGUCGCAUCAGUGGGUGCAUGAUUAAUACUAUGCCCAGCUUUGUGAUUGAAGCACAACCUCUUUCUUAUCCAGUGAAUCCCGUCUCUUGUCAUCUUUAGACUAACUCCAGGUGUAAAAAUUGAAUAAUGUAGCUCAUUCGCUUAUAACAGAUAUUAAAAAUAUACGCACUGGUCGCUGUAGCAUAUUUUGGAAACUCUAUUAGAUCUGUUUACAUGUGUAUAUAAAAUUUUACCCUCUGGUGUAGUUAUCUAUAUGAUCAUUUCUGGUUAUGUUUUAGAAGUAACUAUGGAAUGGGGGGGUGUGGCUUACCGGUUAUUAACCCCUUUCACUGCCAAGGGGGCAAGGCAGGUUCCAUUGGCUGUCACAGUCUUCUAAUUCCAACAAACUGACAUAUGUCCCUGCUUUGUGAACACCCCCAAUCCUCAGAUCUAAAUAUAUCAUGUGAAAGAUAAUUAUAGGAUUUUAAUAAUUUAUUUUAUAUCAGCAGCUUUAGAUAUGUAUAUGUGACCUUCUUUUUUUACAGAUUUGUGUUCAUGCUGCCCUUUUAAGUGUAUAUUAAAUAGUUUUGUAAAAUGCAGUGUAUGCUGGGAAGCUGGGUAUAAAUGAUUUUGCAGUUUAGUCAUGCAGUUUUUGCCCUUUUUGACACCUACAACUCAUUUUUAACCCAUUAUGUGCACAAAUUGUUGCACUGUGUUGUUCCCUCAUCUGGUGCACAACAGGUUAAUUUGCUUCCGCAAGCCAAUAUGUGGCAGCCUUAAUAUUAAGUGUGUGAAAUGUACAUUGUUUUAUCCAUUUCAUUUGUGUAAUGCCACUUUAAAUUUCCCAGUGCAUCAUGGUAUUCAGAAGCAAUUUUUGUAAAAAAAAAAAAAAAAAAAAAUUGUGUUUUUUUUCAUUGUUUUAAAAGUUAGUUUCGCAUUUCCACCAAUGGCCUAGUUUAUUGCACUAUCUAUCCUGUUUAAAUCAUGGAAGUUUACUUCUAUACAUUUACCCACAAAUUAUUUCUACUGUUUGAAGGUUUGUGUUUCAACCAGUGAAUUGCUCUGUACAAGUGAGUCUGUUUUUGGUGUUCAGUUGUUUCUUGGAAAAUGAUAUAGUGCAUUAUUCUUGCUCAUCUCGUCCAAACUUUUAAUUGAAUGUAAGUUAUCGCAGAAUCACAUCUGAUGUCUGCUCACAUUUCAGCCAUUUUUCACUCAUUUUGCACUGUUGGUAUUUUUGCCGCUAGUCCUUGACUUUUGUCUGCAAAAAUCUAUUAAAAUAUUUUUUUGGAAGCAGUC